AUGUUGUUGCUGCUUGCUUUGCUCUCAAUUUUAGGAAUUGUUCAUUCAACUGCAUCACCAAAGCAAAAUAUAUCAAGUAGAGUGAAAAAUGAAACUGGUGAAGGACAUUGGUAUCCACCACUACUACAACAACCACAACCACAGCUACAACCAAUAUCACCGAUGUACGGUGAAGUAUCACCAUUCAUCUAUCCGUACAGUUAUGGUUCAUCAGGUUACUAUCCAUCCUAUACAUCCUGUUAUCCACCGGCAUCAUGCAGUAAUACAGUACCACUUGCACUUGAUCAAUUUUAUUGCUCAGCACAUGGAUCAUUUGCAUUAGGAACAGGAGAUUCAUCAAAUAAAUUAAUGCGAGAAUUUUGUCGAUUUACUGCAACAGCUAAUGAGAAUUCUUGCAAUACUUGUUGCAAGAUUGCCGCACGACAUUACACUACCUCAAUUGAUGAAGUAAGCGGUAUAAUGUUUGCAUUUGAUCCGAACAAGCCACCCAUACAGAUACAGCCAAAAUUUUCCCAUACAUCAUUUCUUCGAAAAAAAAGAGCCACAUCAACUGCUACUCCUGCAACAAAUCCCACCAAACCAAGCAUUAAGAUGCAAAACGCAAUUAACCCAGCAAUACUUCCUGGCUUGAUACCAAUUGGUGGUAGCGUAACAUCGUCAUCAAACGAUAUACCACAGUGCUUCUGUUGUGCACCGAUGAGAUCUAUGCAUUCAUUUUAA